UCUUGACGGACCGGUCGCGUUUCGCGCUCGUAUAUCUAAAGUGAAAACCCCGUUGCUAUUUAUCCAUAUAUGCAUUAAAGUGCUUUAUUUUGAUUGCGAUACUCUAAAUAUUUAAUUAUCAGGGGUACAUUUUAUGCGGGGUUUAUAUUUUAAGUACCCACGGGAAUUUGCCGACGAUCAAAAUCAGCAGGAACAGCAAUUCUUACACGAUAUCGAAUAUUGAAAUAAUUUGAGUUUUUAAAUAUGACUUGGGGCUUUGUUACUUGUGGCCCGAAUGAGGCGUUAGUUGUCUCAGGAUGCUGCUAUAUGAAGCCUUUGUUGGUGCCUGGCGGCCGGGCCUUUGUGUGGCCAUCGAUUCAACAAGUACAACGCAUUUCGUUGAACACGAUGACUCUGCAGGUGGAAAGCCCAUGCGUUUACACCAGCCAAGGUGUACCCAUCUCCGUGACAGGGAUUGCCCAGGUGAAGGUACAGGGUCAAAACGAGGAUAUGCUGUUGACUGCCUGCGAGCAGUUUCUAGGCAAAUCUGAGGCAGAAAUCAAUCAUAUUGCUUUGGUCACACUGGAGGGACAUCAACGAGCGAUCAUGGGCUCCAUGACCGUCGAGGAGAUCUACAAGGACCGCAAGAAGUUCAGCAAGCAGGUGUUUGAGGUAGCUUCCAGUGAUUUGGCCAACAUGGGCAUCACAGUGGUCUCCUAUACCAUCAAGGACUUGCGGGACGAAGAGGGCGACUCCAAGGGUUAUCUGAAAUCUUUGGGCAUGGCUCGCACUGCUGAGGUAAAGCGCGACGCCCGCAUUGGCGAAGCAGAAGCUCGCGCUGAGGCGCACAUCAAGGAGGCUAUUGCUGAGGAGCAGCGUAUGGCUGCCCGUUUCCUUAACGACACCGACAUUGCCAAAGCACAGCGCGACUUUGAACUGAAGCGUGCUGCCUACGAUCUUGAAGUGCAGACAAAGAAGGCCGAAGCUGAUAUGGCCUAUGAGCUGCAGGCGGCUAAGACCAAGCAGCGCAUCAAGGAGGAGCAAAUGCAAGUGAAGGUCAUUGAGCGCACCCAGGAGAUUGCUGUGCAGGAGCAAGAGAUUAUGCGACGUGAGAAAGAGCUGGAUGCCACUGUUCGCUGUCCAGCAGAAGCUGAGAAAUAUCGUUUGGAAAAACUUGCUGAGGCCAACAAACUCCGGGUUGUAAUGGAGGCCGAAGCUGAGGCUGAAUCGAUCAAAAUACGCGGCGAAGCUGAAGCAUUUGCUAUUGCAGCUAAGGCUAAAGCAGAGGCAGAGCAAAUGGCACAGAAGGCAGAUGCUUGGCGUGAAUACCGGGAGGCCGCCAUGGUGGAAAUGUUGCUGGAUACGCUGCCAAAGGUGGCCGCCGAGGUAGCUGCGCCUUUGUCGCAGGCCAGAAAGAUUACCAUGGUUUCCAGCGGCCAGGGCGACAUAGGAGCCGCCAAGCUGACCGGCGAGGUAUUGCAGAUUGUCAACAAAGUGCCAGAGCUGGUGAAGAACAUAACUGGCGUGGAUAUUGCCAGGUCUGUGCAUGCUGGCUAAAUGUCCGAUAUCGAACAAUACUCCACAAAUACUACACCAAAAA